AGGAGUGGAUGACCAGGCUGGGCUGGCAGAUAGGAGCAGAGGACACUGGCAGUCUGGCUGCAGUAGUUCAGCUGCUGGUAUGGUGUAGGAUAACGGCCUGAAACCUUCACAGCUAUGAUGAGUCUGCUCAUGUGUUUAGGUUGUGUGCUACUGGACCUCAUGACUGUCCACAGCCGUGUGCUCAUGCAGGGCCGCAUAGUCGGUGGUCACAUCGCUGCACCAAACUCCAUCAAAUACAUUGUGUCACUGCAGAGCACCAGGGGCCAACACUUCUGUGGUGGCUCAUUGGUUCACAGGUACUGGGUGCUGACCGCAGCACACUGUAACAUUGGGGCAGAGCACAUGAUGAUAGUGGCGGGCGACUACAUCGUAAAUACCUUUGAGGGCAUUGAGCAGUAUGCUAAACCCCACAGGCUGGUCACACAUCCCCUCUACAACAGCAGCACCAACAAUGCUGACAUCAUGCUCAUUAAGUUGCGAGCCCCAAUGGUGCUGAACAAAUAUGUGUCGCUGGCGCCUCUGCCCAGGCAGGGGACAGGGGUGGUCGAAGGCUUGGUGUGUCAGGUGUCUGGGUGGGGCUACAACAGUCUGGGUGAAGGCCAGGCCGCCUUCACCCUGAGGACAGCCACAGUGCCCAUUGUUUCAACUGCACGGUGCAACAGCAGCGAGUCCUUCAAUGGAAACAUCACAGCAAACAUGAUCUGUGCUGGCUACAGGACUGGAGGAAAAGAUGCAUGCAAGGGAGACUCUGGGGGGCCUUUGGUGUGUGGGGGGCGUGUCUAUGGUGUGGUCUCCUGGGGCAACGGCUGCGGUGAUGCUAAGUUUCCAGGAGUUUACACAGCUGUGUCCAAAUUCCGCCGAUGGAUUGACCAAACCAUCUACCGGUCAUACCUACGCUGUACCAAAUACUGAUGAAGAUAAUGAUUAACCUAAGAUGAUGAACAUAGCCAUUCAUGUCAUAAAAACAGUCUUACCACUGAAAAAUGUUUGUGCUGGCAUGGACCAAAGGUGGUUCUGUGGAAAAUGUGAACAGCUUCCUCUGAACCAGUGCUCUGAUUAUUCCAAUAAUGUUUUCAAUACCAAUAUAAUGGUGAUGCAUCUCGUAUUCUCAAAUGAUCCAUCUGUGAACAUAGGUCUCUACCACCUACAGCCAUUGUUGGAUGUGUAUGUAAUUUCACUGAUGUGAAGUUGAU